AUGUCGACAACGCCUCAGAUGCCGCAAUCAGGCUUUCAGAAUGAUCAGUUGGAAGCUUGUAAUCGGGAGGAUGUUGGGAUUGAGGCUCAAGAGAAGCCUUUGUCGUCUACUGGAACGAUGGUUGAUGAGCCUCAGUCGAAUCCCAAUGUUGUUGAUUGGGAUGGACCAAAUGAUCCUGAACAUCCACUCAAUUGGUCUAAGGCCCAGAAGAAUUUACAUCUUGCCAUCGUGAGUCUGUUCACUCUCGCAGCAAAUCUGGCUGCGACAAUGUUUGCCCCAGGAGCAGCAGAACUAGCCGAUGAGUUCAACAUCACCAACUCCACAGUCACAGCCAUGACAGUCAGUCUCUACGUCUUGGGCUUCGCGCUAGGUCCUCUUCUCCUUGCACCUCUCUCAGAAUUAUAUGGGCGUCUUAUCGUCUAUUACUUUUGCAACUUGGUGUACAUCGCCUUCACAUUCGGCUGUGCUUUCAGCACAAACGUCGCCAUGUUUCUCGUGUUUCGAAUCAUCGCUGGCUGCGCUGCCUCAGGCCCUAUGAGUAUUGGUGGGGGCACUGUCGCAGAUCUGUUCGUUCAGGAGGAGCGAGGGAAGGCCAUGGCUCUCUUCACUGUUGGGCCGCUUCUUGGACCUGUGGUUGGUCCCAUCAUUGGAGGAUUCGUCUCCGAGAACGUUGGGUGGCGAUGGACAUUUCGCAUCCUCCUCAUUUUGUCUGGCAUUAUCGCUAUUGUCACAUUUGCCCUCAUGAAGGAAACAAAUUACACUGUCAUCCUGCAAAAGAAAGCUCUUCGAAUGCGCAAACAAACUGGUAACGAAAAACUCGUCGCCAAGUUGAGCAGAGACGAGACUCCAGGUCAAAUGCUGGCGCGCGCUAUUGUCCGACCACUAAAGUUGCUCAUCUUCUCUCCAAUCGUCCUCUUGGUAUCGCUCUACACCGGUAUUCUCUUCGGACUCAUCUUCUUACUCUUCACCACCUUCCCCUCCGUCUUCCAAGAUGUGUACGGUUUCAACCCAGGUGUCGCUGGGCUCGCAUAUCUCGGUCUUGGAAUCGGCAUGAGUCUAGGUCUACUCAUGUUCUCUGUCCUCAGCGACAAGCUCCUCGGUCGCAAGAAGGGCAACGAGCACGCCGCUCCUAGACCAGAGGAUCGUCUUCUUCUCAUGAAAUGGCUCGGCCCAAUUACUCCACUUGGUCUUUUCAUCUAUGGUUGGACAGCAGAGAAUGGCGUUCACUGGAUUGUCCCUAUCAUUGGUACAUUUAUUGUGGGAUUCGGCUCCCUAUUUGUCGUCAUCCCUGGUCAGAUUUACCUAGUUGAUUCGUUUGGAGCCGAGGCAGCUGCUUCUGCUUUGGCGGCCAACAUGCUGAUCCGUUCGCCAUUCGGAGCCUUCCUUGACCUUACAGCCGAGCCUCUGUACUCGACGCUUGGGCUGGGCUGGGGUAACAGCGUGCUUGGCUUUAUCUGCCUUGCUUUUACUCCUGUUCCGUGGAUCUUCUACACUUACGGGGAGAGGCUUAGGACUCAUUUCCAGGUUGAUCUGUAA